UGGGCGAGCUGGGAUAGGCUGGGAGUUUGGUUGUGGAGUCGUAAGAGGAUCGAGAUACGGCACAACAAGGAAAGAAAGAAAAGAGGAGGUCCAGGAUCCACAGACCUUUAUGCACAAAUCGACGAAUGUUGGACAAGAAAUCUGACGCAGUAAUUUUGCGGAAAACUGGGUUUGUUGCCGCCACAGGUGACGGAUCGGAAUUGCGCGGAUGACAAAGAGAUUCGCCGUGAAAAAGCAAACUUUUCUAACCGGGUGUGAUCGCUCGUAGAAAACUUGCAGUGGGAUUUCUGUGUUCUGUUGUUACGGUCAGCGGAAGAGAAGGACAUCAUGACGCGGCGCACCGUGCAAGAAGUAACCGUGCAAGAUGUCCAGAAGCGAAGGAAUCCCAACAAACACUAUGUUUACAUCAUCAAAGUGUCCUGGAGUGACGGUAAUACAGAAACCAUUUACAGGCGCUACAGCAAGUUCUUUGACCUCCAGAUGGAAUUGCUGGAUAAAUUCCCAGCGGAGGGAGGCCAAAAGGACCCAAAGCGCAGAAUCAUUCCAUUCUUACCAGGAAAGAUUUUGUUUAGAAGAAGCCAUAUCAGAGAUGUGGCUAUGAAGAGACUGAGGCCUAUCAACGAGUACUGCAGGGCUUUGAUCCAGUUGCCAGUCUACAUCUCCCAGUGUGAAGAAGUCCGAGUAUUUUUUGAGACCAGACCUGAAGACCUUAACCCACCCAAGGACGAGCCCAUUGGAAAGAAGAAGUCAGGGUUUGUGGAGAGAGCGACUUCUUUCCUAAAGCGAGGUAGUAAACACACUGUCAUGCUUUGCCGUGCUGUGUGUGUAACCCGGUGGGUUGCUAGUGGUGUGUUCCCCUCUCCUUCCCAGGCCUGGGCAGGAGACCCCACCUCUGCGGACCCACUCUUCCUCGAACAAUAUGUGGCAGUGACAGACUAUGAGAAACAGGAGAGCACUGAAAUCAGCCUGCACGUUGGUCAGUUAGUGGAAGUCAUCGAGAAAAAUGAAUCCGGUUGGUGGUUUGUGAGCACAGAAGAUGCUCAGGGCUGGGUCCCUGCCACGUGCCUGGAAGCACAGGACGACCCUGAUGACUUCACAAUUCCAGGAGAAGAAGUGCCUCGGAGAUUCUGGUCACUGCCAAGGCACGUGGGUCGGCGCAGAACUUUAGGGGAUCUAUUCAGCACAGGCUUUGGGCAAGAAGAAAAGUACUCUGUGAUUUACCCAUACUCAGCCAGGGACCAGGAUGAGAUUGACCUGGAGAGAGGCAUGAUUGUUGAGGUCAUUCAGAAGAACUUGGAAGGCUGGUGGAAGAUCAGGUACCAGGACCGCGAGGGCUGGGCACCGGCCUCCUAUCUGAAGAAGUCUGAUAUUCAAAGUCAAAGGCAAUCAGCGGGCGCUGCUGCUCAUGUCAGUACGAAUGACCUGGAAGGGGUUUCCAAACAGAACCUGGAAAACAAUGCAGCAAGAGACAGUCGAGACAGCCAGAAGGAAAACAGGCUCUCUAUUUUCUCUGAUAACAACAAAAUUAAAGUGGGAUCAAGACAUAGACUUCCUCCACGCAGAGAUCUAACCAUUCCACGUGGUACAAACUUACCUAAGCCACCCAUACCACCACAGGUUGAGGAAGAGUAUUACACAAUAGCUGACUUUCAAACCACAAUACCAGAUGGGAUUAGCUUUCAAGCAGGAGUCAAGGUUGAGGUGGUUGAGAAGAAUGGAAGUGGUUGGUGGUACAUCCAGAUAGAUGACAAAGAGGGCUGGGCCCCUGCCACUUUUAUCGACAAGUACAAGAAGACUAGUAAUGCCGUGCGACCCAAUUUUCUUGCUCCAUUGCCCAAUGAGAUGGAGAAGCUCAGGCUUGAGGAUGGUGGUGCCAAUGUGUUGGAUGAUACCUGGUCUAAGCCUUUACCAGAUGAGCCGACUACAGCCUCUGAGUCCUUUGCCCGCCCCAAGCUGAAAGACUGGAAGGCUACUGCCAGCAAGGCAGCCCCUGCCUUCUCUGGGCCUUUGCCACCAGCCCCGGCUGCCCCUCCAGUAGAAGAAAAACCAGCUCUGCCACCUCGACGGGAGUCUAUUAAUAAAAGCUUUGAGUUGGACACAUCAGAGAAACCAAAAUCUGAUCAUUCCAAGCCUUUGCCUCCGAAACCACCAGCACCUGGUGUCAUGAUACCUCUUCUUACCCCCAAAUCAGCCCCUUUCAAACCAGAUAAACCAGCAGAGAUCAAGAAGGAAGAUAAGAGCAAAGCUCUUCCGCUUCGCAAUGAAAUGGGUCUUGAGUGUGGCCACAAGGUCUCUGCUAAAGAGGUGAAGAAGUUCAAUCUGAAACCUGUACCCAAACAGCCACCAAAACUGAAGACAGAGGUCCGGGAAGAGAAACCAGAGGCGCCUGGGGCUGCAGCAUUUGGGAAGGGUAAGCCGGUGGUCAGACCAAAACCCGUCCCAGCUGCCAAACCUGAUCCACCAGCAGAAAACAAAGUGGACAUCACCAACCUAAGGAGCAAGUUGAGGCCAUCAAAACCUGCGGAUCUUGGCACUACAUCCACUGAGGGGAAUCAUCAAAAUGAUGGUUCCCCAGCAAGAAGCAGUUCACCCCAAAGCUCUUCACCGAUCCACUUCCCUGUGCUCAAUAACUGUAAGUCGUCUGAUGAGCCAAAACUCCCUCCGAAACACACAAAUGGUCUUAGCCAGGAUAGAUCACCACCCCCUGCCAAACCAGCAGUGCCCCCACACAAGGAGCCCCCUCAGAGACCUCCUGCCAUGGCUCCUAAAAGACCUCCCCCUCCAAAGAAAACCGAUCCAUCAAGCCCAAUCGAAAACAAGCCUCCAUCUCUGAAAGAACCACAGGAGGUUCCCAAGCCUGGACCACCGCCGCAGCUCAGCAGACCCCCUCCCCCAAAACCCAAAGCAUUUGUUCAACCACCCCCAUGCAAAGAGAAAGAUGAGCCCAUGGGAAAUAAAGUUCCAAUUCCCCCCAAGCCCCAGAUGAAGCACGAAAAGCCCGGACCACCCAAAGACAAGCUUCCACCUUUACUUAAGGAGUCCACUAGAGAUGAGCUCUAUCUAGCUGUGGCAGACUUUGAAGGGGAUGACCAAACAUCCCGCUUCAAGGUGGGUACGGUCUUUGAGGUUCUUGAGAAAAACAGCAGCGGCUGGUGGUUCUGUAAAAAUGUUGGAGAAGAUGUCGAGGGCUGGAUCCCCUCAAACUACCUGAGCAAGAAACCUUAAGUUUUAUAGUUAAUUUAAAUAUAACCAGAAGAGAACAAAAUGAUAGGCUAAGGGUCAAUUUCUUGCCAUAUCACAACUUAUUUUAUUCAUAGGUACAUUUUUUAUUUGAUACUUUAUUUUUAAAAAUGUGUAACAAAAUUCAGCCAAUCAAACCAGCAAUAACUUGACCUUUUUUCUGAAAGUUUCAUGAUGCUUACUUAUUUUUGUUUUUAUCUAGAUAUAGUUAGAAAUUAUACUUGCUUUUGCGUCUACGUGUCAAUCACAGCCUCUGUCUCGUUGCUGUAACUCGGGAUAAAAACUAUACGGGAAAAAAAGACGACAGUUAGCCCGAGUUACAGGAUGUGCCUGAUUUAUGGGUGUGUUCGCACCCAUGCCUUUAAGGAUUCAGUGCCUCGUGAUAUAUGCAAAAUAUGGGCUUCAGUGCUUACAAAAGUAUAUGCAGCUGUAGGCUUAGUCCUUGUUAAAAUGAUUUAAUAGGUGGAAACAUCUACAGGUAAAAAAUCCUUAUCGUAGGUGUUCCCAUCUUGCCAGUUUCCAUCCAGUAGCAGGAGAAAAUGAAUCCUAAAUAACUCAAAGACUGCAUAUGAGUUCAAUGGAGACAUUCACUGAUUUCAUCCGGGCUUUUAUGUACAGUUGGGAUUUUCUUUAGGAUAUAUCUUUGCCAAGUAUUGAUGUUGUUU